AUGGUGCAAACAAGGGCUCAGGCAAGAUCUGCUGCGGCUGCUGCGGCUGGCCAGGCCAGGCACAGCAAUGUACCUACGGCUCAGAAGGUUCCUGCGUCGAAUCCAGCAAGCAGCAAGACCAAACCGAAACCACAACCGAAGAUCCAAGCGAAGAGUCAAGCGAAAAGCAAAGCACCAGCCAAGAGUCAGACUAAGCCCAACCGUGUUACGAAGACUACGUCGAAACGCAAAGCUCCAGCAACAAGUCAAGCGAAAUCAAAAGCAUCAGGAGCUGGUCGAUCAAAAUCCAAGGCAUCUUCCAAGAAAAGGGCCGCUGCGAAGAAGACUCCGACUGCUGGAGCACCAGGAAAUGGUCCGAUUCCCAGUCCGACCAUAUCAGUUGGACCCCAAUUCGAGGCGCGGAGGAGGACAUCCAACGACGCCGUCGCCGCAGCCAGGUUAAUGGUAAACCCGAAUGUGGGAAGGGGUUUCAGCAAUCCUGGUCGUCUCUGCUAUCGCAAUGCCUCCCUCGUCAUCUUGCUGCACAGCAACAGAUUUAUGUCCUGGAUUCAAAAGCGGCACAUUCCCAACCUGACGGGCGCUGGGUUGAGGAUCAAAACUUACAGCAAACCUCUCAUUGAUGCAUUGCUCGACGUGAGCGACGAUGAACCUGGGAGAUCCUUGCCCAACGACUACACCGAUGUGUUGUGUGAAUUGGUUGAACUGAGCAGAGUCUAUUGGGACGGAAGCCAUACUCAGCCAAAAAUCCUCCUCGAUGCUAUCGACAUCUUUUGGGACUAUGUGACAAAUCCACGUCGCGAUAAGGAACGGGGAGAUACAGCCUCCCUAGUCGACACGAGAUUCACGACUAGAAUGAAGGAGGCCUCAGAAGACCAGUGCGCAGCCGAGUUCCUGGGCUGGUUGAUCGACCUGAGCGCUGCACAGCUCGCAUACUUCAUUGAGAAAAAAGCGAGCAGCAACAAACGCAGAUUGGACGACGGGACCAUUGCCAAAGUCCUUGACUUGGGACAAGUAAAUAUAUAUGAGCUGUUGCAAGUCUCCCAAGCACUGCGUGCCAGGUGCAAGCAGUGCGGGUCGAUUCGCAACGUGAAGACCCGUCUCGCAAAGCUCGACGAAGUGACAGUAUUAUCUCUCCCGUUGGCCGCCACAGCCGAUCCCCGCGUCUCAGUGACGUUGGAAGACUGCUUCGCAAAGAACCACAAAGGGGAGUUCGACUGGCGCUGCGUCAAGUGCUCUAAGCAUCCCAGAAAAUCCGUUCCGAACAGUCAAAACAGCGCACCGUGUUAUCUCUGGAAGAACAUCUGCGCUCCGCCUGAGGUCUUGUUCCUGCAGCUCUCGCGCUUCGAGCUGCGACACGACAGAAACGGCAUGUUGGUGACGGACAGCAAUGGCGACCUCCUUUAUGACAAAGACGCCACCCAGAUCAUGAUCCCCGAGGAGCUCGACUUGACCCCUUUCCUCGAGAAGCGAGGGGAGCCACCUGAUGUCUCGGCCAGAUACCGGCUUCAGGGCGUCGUGAACCACAGCGGCACCAGGGACCAGGGCCACUAUGUCGGCUGCGUUCGCCGCGGAGACAGCUGGUACCUGUUCGACGACGAUGCCGAGGUGGAGAAGAUCUCAUUCGCAGACAUUCUCAACCUCCCGGGUGAUUUCACACCCUACGUUCUUCUGUACGAAAAGAUCGUCGAAGACAACGACGACGAGGGUGCUCUUGACGAGGCGACCACUGUGGGCAAUGCUGACAGCGCCGAUGGUACUGGAGGUAACUCCAGCGCCAGACACACCCGGAACAGAGAGGACAGCAAUGUCAACAACAGGGAGGAGGACGGUGCAAAUGCCGACCACCAAAGCAGGGGCAACCAAGCUCCCGCCAGUGGUGGUGCACACCCGUCUUCUUCCGUCCAGCUCAAGCUUACCAGAGAGAAAGACCCCGGUCCAGGGGAGUUGUUCGUGGAGAUCAACGCGAGCUUUGGUGGGUACGAGGUCUGGUUCCCAAACUUCGUCCUGGAGAACUACAUGCCCGGCUCUGGCAACGGCAACCUUGCCAGGAUCGAAAUGCGACUGAGGGACGCGCAACUCAACGUGGCAGAGGUUGAGGGAUCCGCCUCGUUCGGGAACAUCGCCGCACGGGCAGAGGCAGACGCCUCUCCUAUUGUGUUGAUUCCUGCCGUUGACGGCUGGACGGUCUGUGCAGCGAGAGAAGACGACGGCCACCACCAACUGGCGUACGUCGGCGAGGAGCCCGUCACCAGGUCCCAGAGCGCCAAUGUCGAGCUGGAUACUCGCGACAGUCCCCUCCAACGCUCUCCUCAGCACGUCCAAGUUGGUGACUCGGGCACGGCCUCGAGUUCCCGUCGCAGCGCCAACCCCUCCUCCCCCCGGGGUUCACGACAGCGCCAGUCCCCAAGGGAGUACGGCGGGGCGCAGUUCUACUACCAGACGCCAGCCGUGCAGAGCAAGCUGCGCGAGGUCUUCGCCGACAUGGAGCAAUUCUACGAGCAGACUAUCCGGGAAGAUAUCCAUGCCCAGCUCCUCCCAGAGUACGAAGCGCGGCAGCAUAGACUGCUCGACCAGGUCGCCGAGUAUCGGGAGAUGUUGGAGGAUGCGGCCAACGACGCCGAGCAGUACUACAACUUCUGUGAUUUGAGGGAGGCAGCGCUACUGGAUACCAACACAAUGCAGCUGCAACAGAACGCCGAAUUGCAGGAGCAGCUCCGCGUCCUCCGCGAACAGUAUAACCAUCUAUACUUCAAUCCAAGAGGCCCGGCCAUCGGCCUCGGCAUCGGUGGCUUCGGUACCACGACCCAGGGCGACCUUGAAGAACAACCAGAAGAAGAAGAAGAAGAAGAAGCAGAAGAAGAAUCUGAUGCUGCUAUUGCUACUACUGCCGCUAAUACCACUACUGCUCCUGCUUCUACUACUGCUCCUGGGCAGAAGAGAACCUUCGGCCAGGCGCUCGAGGAGGUGGUGGAGGAAGAGGACCUCCUAGAAGUCAGCGGGGCAGGUUGGGCAGCGGCCAGACCCUCCAAGCGACCUAGAGCCAGGCGCGCGCAUGUGGAACCGGAAAUUAAACAGGAAGAGGAGCAGGAGCAGGAGAUCGACUACGACUCCCGGUUGCUGACCGAGCUCCACUAUGACUCUGACGGGAAUCGUCUCUAUUCCUCCUCCGAGGACGACCGUCGAAUGUCCAGCUUUACUCGCCUCAACUACGAGGAGCAGCAGCAGGAGGAGGAGGAGGAGGAGGACGACGACGACGACGACGACGACGACGACGACGACGACGAGGAGGUUGUCCAGCAGCCCCCUCCUCCUCCUGCUGCUGCUGCUGCUGCUGCUGCCACUAGGCGAGAAGAAAGCCCUCUCCCGGACUACGAGGACAUGGUCGCCAUGGAAGAGCGGUACGACGCCUCGACUGAAACCUCGCCGCAGCCCUGGCUGUUCCGUCCCAACAACCACGGCGCGGCGCGAGCGGCGGCAACACCACCACGACGUCGCCGGGACCCAUUCGCGCCGAGCCCGGCGUCCCGCGUGCGCCGACGCAAGCGUCAGCAGACAUCGCCAUGGACAAGUCCAGGGAUCCAGGCGAGGGCAACGAGACCCAGCCCGAUCCAGAUGCAGCACUCCCCGGGCCAGGGCCGCGUGGACGGGCGCGUGCGCAGCAGUCCGCGGUACUACCAAACGGGUGGCAGCAGCGCCAGCCGCGCUGGAUGCAUUCGCUCUGGGCGAGUCUGCCUAGGGUACAAUCCUCCCAGACCCUGGAUCUUCGAAGGACUAGGACCCAAGAAACGAAAGGAUCGUCCGUGCUCAGAUAAACAGCCUGAAACUUUGAUCCUGGAAAGUGAAGGCGGUGAGAUUCUCAGUCCACAACAAUCAAGAGACUCUUCGUCCUGGCAUGACCCCUACUUGGCGGCGACCGUGAACCUCUUUUUCGGCGACACAGAUGAAGAGCGCCGCAGCUUGGAUUUCUGGUUGAGGGGAACUGGGCCUACCUUGGGCAAUUUCGGCCCCGAUAAUGAGUUCUGGUGCAGUUUUAUCCCUCGGUGGGCGUGGCAAUCCCCUGUCAUCCGACAUCUGAUGGUGGCUGCGGCGCUGGUCGACGAGCAGCUUGGUCUGUACCGCAAGGCGACGACAUCGAGGGUGACACCGCGUGUGAUCUGGCACUAUCAUGGUGCGAUCACGCGUAUGGCCAAUGCAAAGGAGCCUGACAAGUUGUGCCUGACACUUGCGUGCUUGGUCGCCUGGAUCUGCGAGACCAUGCAGCGGAAUUACGCAGCGGCAGGCGUCCACAUCAAAGCGGCAUCACGACUCUGGGGAGAGCUCAAGGCGUCGUCAGCCAAGUUUGAUCGAUCCACAUUGGACAUGAUGGCGACAAUCGAGCGGGCAGUCCGAGUGUGCGAGUCGUACUCAAAAGCCGUCCUUGCCGACGACCCUGCCUCAAACAGCCUCCUGAUUGACAGGACAGGUCCCGCGGAAGACAAACCAUGUGAUGUCCUCGUUGUCCACUCACUAACACAAGCCAGAGGCUUGUUGCUGGAUUCGAUCGCAGCAUUUUCGACGAAGGAGUGGACAGAAUCUGACGCCCGGCGGCAACGCUUGUAUGUCAGAAAGUGGCACCAGGCUAUUCGUCGCUAUUGCAGUUACGGCACAGAGUCGCGGCUAUACAAAGUCACCGUCCAGAUGUUGUUCAAUGUGGGCAUGGCUUUUCUUCCAGCAAGUGAAGCUGGCGCGUUCAGCUACUAUGCCAAUCCGAACGCAUUGAAGCAUAUUUUGGACGUUUUCGAAGGGAUAUUGGCUGAGAAGCGAAGGGAGAAGUCUGAUCCAGACGACGAGCAGGUCGAGAAGACAUUGGCGGCGGCCUUGGAGAUCAUGAUAAACAACUUAUAUCAUGACAACUUGUAUCAACGUGUCCAAAGGUUGGAUCGGACGUCGACAAGUCCGUAUAAGGGCCAUUCCGUCCAUAUCACACAGAUCCUGAACCUGUGUGCGGUGCAAGGUAGAGGGGGCCCGGAAACUGAACGGACAUAG